AAAGCAUUGUGAAAGUGAUCAUAGAGAUCGAGAGGACGACAGACAGCAGCUCAUCUGCAUUACCAACACAUUUUUUUCUCAAACAAAGAAAAAACUGAGAGGAUCCAUGAUGAAUGUAACCGAGCUUAUAACCUCACUCACUCCUCAAACAUCAGAAUAUGAGGAAUAUGGUGACUUCUCCACAACGAGUGAUUAUGGUGAUACUGAUGAUGGGUUCUGUCCCAAAUCAAAGGUUCGAGAGUUUCGAAUGUACUACGAGCCUAUGCUCUAUUGGAUGAUUGUGAUUCUGGGAGCCAUUGGUAACACUCUGGUGGUCUGGAUAUACACACACUUCAAAAACCGUCUGAAGGCCAUGACGGAUGUUUAUCUACUGAACCUGGCUUUAGCAGACCUGUUCUUCCUUUGCACUCUUCCCUUCUGGGCUGCUGAUUCCAUCUACGGCUGGGCCUUUGGUUCGGGGCUCUGCAAAGUUGUUUCUGCUGUCUACAAAAUCAACUUCUUCAGCAGCAUGUUUCUGCUCACCUGCAUCAGCGUUGACCGCUAUAUAGUGAUUGUCCAGACUACCAAGGCGCAGAACUCCAAGAGAAGUCGUCUCCUGUACAGUAAGCUCAUCUGUGUGUUAGUCUGGCUGCUGGCAGCCCUGAUGUCCAUUCCAGAGUGUCUAUUCGCUCGAUCCAAAGAAGACGAUGAGAGCAAUACCUUUUGCACCAUGGUCUACUGGAACAAUGAAAAUAAUCGUACUAAAAUACUGGUCCUUGCUCUCCAGAUAUGCAUGGGCUUCUGCAUUCCUCUAGUAGUGAUGAUCUUCUGCUAUACCAACAUCAUCCGCACCUUGCUCAAGACAAGAAACUUCCAGAAGCACAAGGCACUUCGGGUUAUUCUGGCAGUUGUGGCUGUGUUUGUCCUCUCUCAGCUUCCGUACAAUGGCAUGUUGGUAUUUGAAGCCACUCAGGCAGCCAAUAUGACCGUCACAAACUGCACUGAGUCCAUACGCUUUGACAUCGCUGGCCAAGUAAUGAAGAGUAUCGCUUACAUGCACAGCUGCCUAAACCCUUUUCUUUAUGCUUUUGUGGGAGUGCGUUUCCGAAAAGAUGUUAUUCGAAUUUUCCAAAACAUAGGCUGUGUUUCAAACCUCAAAAACUCCAAGCUUGCUGGAAUCCCUCACCGCUCCUCUGUUAUGUCGGACACAGACACCACCAAUGCACUCUCAUUGUAAACAGUGUGAAAACACAGACUCGCUAUGCUAAAGCUUCUGCUUGGCUGCAGGUGUUUUGAAGUUUCAAAACAAAAGAUUGAGGUUCUAUAAGUGAACUUUGUAUGCUUGAAUACUCGCCGACUGGCAGUGAAGUAACCUGCUGACCACAAUGAAAUGGCUGCAAUGUUUAAUAUUGCAUAAUAAGAGUUCUCUCUCUGUUUGACUGAGCCAUUGAUAUGAAUGUCAAAUACUGAUCAAAUCAUGCGUACUGUAUGAACAGUAUGAACAGUGUUGUGGCAGGGAGAGUGUGUGGUUACUGAUUUUCCAACUUAUCUGUAACAAUAUUAUCCAUAUUUUGUUCAGCAUUAAUAUUUUCAGUUUAUCUAAAUGUUGUGUCGCACUCAUUCAUCAUGUACAGCACUGAAUAUUGUCGUUACUAUGUGUUUUUACAAUGUUAUUUUCAUCUUAUUGCUGCAAAUUUUAACUGUGAGUAUUAUAUUUGUGUUUAAAGCCAGUUGUAUACAUUCAGGGUUUUUCUCUUGUGUUUUCACAUCAUUCCAAAUACACAAUGUUUAUAAAUAUUUGCUGCUCAUUUUGUACAUUAAAAAUAAAAUAUAUUAAAUAUAAAAUGUCAA